AUGUCUCGCACAGACGUGGAGAACAGCGCCAGUCACGAUGCCAACCGUUCCAACUCCAUCGUGUCAGUCCCCUCCUACCAAGCCACUACAAGACCCUUCAUCGGACGUUUGGGAGGAAACCAGGGUUUUGUACUCGACCGGCACAAUGCAGCAAACGCAGAGAUUCUGAAGGAGCAACCGGAUAGCGCGCCUUGUAUGACGCUCAAGGAGCAAUUUGAUCUUCGAGGAUUUCGAAGUCUCGGGUUAUGGAAAGCUGCCUUGAUUGAAGGCGUUGGUGCUAUGAUGCUUAUCUAUGUAACUAUCUGGAUCAGCCUCUCACCAUCCGCACUUCCCGCGCUGCCAACCGCACAGUUUGGCCCCUUCGACAAUGCAACAUUCAUCGGCCCCCUCGUCGGAGGCAUCACGAACUGGUUCCUCGUCACCCUGUUCACGUUCUCUCUGGGUUCCGUAUCAGGAGCACAUCUCAACCCAACUAUCACCAUCGCCACUUUCUUCGCUCGUCUUUGUUCGCUGCCUCGCAUGGUGCUCUACGUCUCGUUCCAAACGGCCGGUGGAGCUAUCGCCGGAAUGCUCAUACGAGCUUCUUAUGGGUCCCGAGACUUCAAAACGGGGGGUUGCUGGUUGUUUUCUGAUGUGGUUCCUGUAUCGAAUGCGUUUGUCAUUGAGUUUGUGUUCUGUCUAACGCUGCUGUUCAUGGCCUUUGGUGUUGGAUUGGAUCCGAGACAGAAACAAGUGAUCGGUCCUGCAUUGGGCCCAUUCUUGGUCGGCAUGGCGCUCGGUGUGGUUAGUUUCGGGAGUGGAUUCACGAGGUACGGGCAUGGCGGUGCGAGCAUGAAUCCUGCGAGGUGUUUUGGAACGUUUGUUGGGAGUAGAUUUCCGGGGUGGCAUUGGAUGCAUUGGACUGCGGAUAUUAUAGCUUGUAUGGUCCAUGGCUUUUUCUACUUCAUUGUUCCGCCAUGGCAAGAAAAUGCGCAGGCUGCAAAUUUCUAG